UUUUUGUGUAUAUAAAAUUCAAUAGGUAAUUUUACUCAAACCCCUCUCUCUCUCUACAAUCAGCGGAGGUUUUGUUUAUAGGAGGAUCUGAUGUACUCGCUCGUGGAUCUCAACUAUAUUCACGAUCAUGAUGGCCCUUGAAAAUUCAGAAAAUAUGCAAAUAAACUGUGAGGCAUCUUUAAAAUGCCUCCCGGGCAAGGUAUUUCCUUGCAAUUUUCAGAGUAAUGGAAGUUCUAUGGAAGGUUUUACAGAGCUUAAAAAUGAGCCUGGUACUCACCCAGCUGGGGAUGUUACCGAGCCUAACUGCCAUUUAGGCAGUGAGUUUCUUGAGCCUUCCAAUGAAUUUCACAGCAAACCAACUUAUCAUCAAAACUACAGCACCUGGACGCCCUGCCAUUUUAGUGCUCACAAGGUGCAGCAAUGCCAAAUGAAUGGUUUUGAUGGCCAUUUUUAUCCUUAUCCUGUUGAGAACCAGCUUCAGUAUGUUCCAAUUAACAUGGUUGCUCAAGGUUAUCCACGUGAGCAAUAUCAAGAAUUCCAGUAUUUUGUGGUGAUAGACUUUGAGGCUACCUGUGACAAGGAAAAAAAUCCCCACCCUCAAGAAAUAAUUGAGUUUCCAUCUGUUAUAGUGAGUAGCAUCACUGGCCAACUGGAAGCUUGUUUUCAAACAUAUGUGAGGCCUACCUGCAAUCAUCUUCUGAGUGACUUCUGCAAGGAUUUGACUGGUAUCCAGCAAAUUCAGGUGGACAGGGGUGUUUCAUUGAGUGAGGCUCUACUUAGGCAUGACAAAUGGCUUGAGAAGAAGGGAAUAAAGAAUUCCAACUUUGCUGUGGUUACAUGGUCUAACUGGGAUUGUAGGGUGAUGCUUGAAUCUGAGUGCCGAUAUAAAAAAAUACGGAAGCCUCCUUACUUUAACCGCUGGAUCAACUUAAGGGUUCCUUUCCGUGAGGUAUUUGGUGCGGUGAGGUGCAAUCUAAAGGAAGCUGUUGAGAUAGCGGGCCUGGUCUGGCAGGGCCGUCAACAUUGUGGCCUUGAUGAUGCCAAAAAUACUGCUCGCCUGUUGGCAUUGCUCAUGCACCGUGGUUUUAAGUUUUCCAUUACCAAUACCAUAAUGUGGCAGGGACCUUCUGAUCUGUCACUGGUGUGGAAGCAGUCUCCAGAACAACCAAUCAUUUUCCCCCAUUGCCCCUACAAAGCAAAGGAUGUCUCCUCUCCCAUGGGUCAGUAUGGUCCUUUCUGCUACUGUGGGGUGAAAAGCAGCAGGGGCAUGGUGAGGAAGCCAGGUCCCAAGCAAGGGAGCCUUUUCUUUGGAUGUGGAAAUUGGACUGCAACUAGAGGUGCUCGCUGCCAUUACUUUGAAUGGGCUGCUAACUAAGUGCACCUUUUGAUCAACUGUGAUCAAAUCCUAAGUUUUCUUAUCUGUUCUAUGUAAAAAAGGAAAUGAAAAAAGAAGAAAAUAAAAAAAAAAAGAAAAGAAAGAGAAUGUGACUUAUGAAAGUAGUGAGUGGUAUUGUCUCUAGUGGAAGCAUGUAUUCCUGUCUGCGAGGUAAGGUUUCUGCUUCUUGAUGAAGUGUAGAGAAAAAUUAGAUGCCUCAAUUGCUAUUACUUGUGACUGCUAAACAUCAAAGUAGUCUUUGUGUCUGUCUUGACUUAAGAGAGAGGGAGCUUCAAACUGUAAAGUUGACUUGUUGACUGGAGAAUCAUUGGGGAUUGUGAGGAAUAGUAUUGUUAGGAUUGAUGCUUUUACAUGCCUAGGCAUGGUAAGUUAUCAUUAAAUAAUCCGUCAAAUAGGAGUGGUUGUUUCCUUGCUCUGAAUGGGAAUUGCUAUAGUUUCCUGUGCUCCCCUUUGCUGCAUACAUGUCAAUAGUCAUUAUUAUGUUUUAACUCUCACCUUUGAUGCACCUGUAGUGUGUUGGUGAGCGAAGGGUUUAUCUUAAAAAUGCUUAUAAUUGGUUGCCACAAAAGAGAGCAAUUGAAGUUAAUCAUUUAGCAGAGUUUGUUGUUUCC